UGAUCGACAAGGUAAAAUGGAGCAGGCCAUGGAGAUGGGGAAUGGUUCGAAAAAAUGGGAAAGUUACUGAGCGGGAACCUGUCUCACUUAGAUGUGUGACCCUGCUGUACCCCUUUAACUGAUUGUCAAUCUCACCAGUGGAAUGAGUCUGGGGUGAUUUGCAUCUGCCAACUCUAAGAAGUCGAAGAGGGUUUCCUUGUUGUAAUACAUCUAAAGGAUUUCUAGAGGGAUUCCAGUACAGAUAAAUAUAAUACAACUUUUUCUGCAACUGGUGAUAACUGAUCAUCUUUUAAUACGAGCUAUGAUGAUCCACGGCUUUAAGAGCACCAACCAAGACUUCAAUUUUGGGCCAUGGAAGGUUACGGCUAUCAAGACUCACAUUAUGAAAUCUGCAGAUGUAGAGAAAAUGGCAGAAGAGAUGCAUAUGCCCUGUCUACCAGAGAUGAUGUUUGGAGACAAUGUCUUAAGAAUCCAGCACUCCAUGGGCUUUGGUAUUGAGUUCAAUGCUAAAGAUGCCCUUGCAAGGGUGAACACGAGUCAGGGAGCUGUAAAAGUGGCCUGUGCUGAAGAGUGGCAAGAGAGCAGGUCAGAUAGUGAGCAUAGUAAGGAGGUGAUAAAACCAUAUGACUGGACUUACACAACUGAUUACAAGGGAACAUUGCUUGGAGGUAACACGAUAUUUAGUGUUGUCCCAACAACGGAGAGGAUUAACACUGAAAAACUGAAGGCCAGAGAGCAAAUAACGUUUUUUGAGGAGGUCUUACUGUUUGAAGAUGAGCUCCAUGACCAUGGAGUGUCAAGCUUAAGCGUCAAAAUCCGUGUUAUGCCUUCCGGCUUCUUCCUCCUCCUCAGAUUCUUUCUUAGGGUGGAUGGUGUACUUAUCCGUAUGAAUGAUACUCGUCUCUAUCACGAAUCUGACAAAAGAUUCAUGUUAAGAGAAUAUACCUCCAGAGAGAGUAAAAUCUCCAAUCUGAGCCACGUACCUGCACCUCUUUUCACAGAGCCUAAUGAGAUCUCGCAGUACUUGCCAGUCACACAGACCAUUUUUGAGAAGUUGGAAUUUCCAGAACAGUCAGGGGCAGAAAUAAUGGCAUGUCAAAAUCAAACGGGUGAUCCAGUGCCGUAACAGACUCCACAUGUGUUCUGACAAAUGUGCCUGCAAGAGAUAAGUAGCUGAUCACGUUGCAGCCAUCUUGCUAGCAAUGGAAGGGAAAUCUGUUCUCAUUUAUUCAGUCUAAAAAAUUUUGAUUUGUGCCACAGACUUUUCAUGGGUAUUAUUAAAUGGAUUUUACAAGUAGUUGUCUCAACAAAUGAACUUCAGAAUACGAUGAUUAUCUGCAAACACUUCUAAAAUAUCACUGUUUCAACAAUAGUUUACAAUAGAGUUUUCUCCCUUCCUUGCAUGCACAGUAUUUUAUGGGUUUAAGACUGUACAUCUGUAAAAUAAAAUACUAUAGAAAGAACAAAUUCUUCCCAAGUAGAAAUCUACAAGGCAUAGUUAAUAUCCUGAUUGAUAACAUUCACAAACUGAGAUUUUUUUUAAGUAGCUGAAAGGAAAAAGAAAAAACUGCUAUCACUUGUCUGACGCACUUUUCCUGUAUUGAAGGUGACCUCUAUGAAGAUGCAAGGUCAUAAAGCAUUGCAAAUCUCAGUGACGUCACCAAAUGGUUACUUAGAAUGUGCAUCCCCCUUGUGCCUUGGGACUGUUGGGUCUCAUGGUAAUGAAUAUAACAAAGGGUAUCGGGUGGUGGAACAUCUUUAAUAAAAAAACAAAACAAAAAAAACAUGUUAAACAAUGCUUUUUCUGUCAGUUUGACCAUCUUUUAUAUGUUACACAAGGUAUUAAGGUGACACUAAACCCAAAAUGUUUCUGUCGUGAUUCAUGUAGAGAAUACAAUUUUUAACAAUAUUCCAAUUUACUUCUAUUAUCGAAUUUGCUUCAUUCUUUAGAUAUCCGUUGUUGAAAAUAAAGCAAUGCACAUGGGUGAGCCAAUCACACGAAGCAUCUAUGUGCAGCCACCAAUCAGCAGCUACUGAUGCUAUCUAGAUAUGCUUUUCAGCAAAGGAUGUCAAGAGAGUGAAGCAAAUUAGAAAGUUUAAAAUGAUAUGCUCUUUCUGAAUCAUUAAAUAAAAAUUAAAUAAAAAAGUUUCCUGUCCCUUUAACAUGUUAACACUGUUUUUAUAAAAGUAUCUGCUGCUUUUAGUGACACUAAAGACUUAAAUGAACAUGAAACCCAUUGUUUUUUUCUUUCUUUCACAAUUUAGAAAGAGCAUGCAAUUUUAAACAACUUUCUAAUUUAAAUCUAUUAUCUAACUUGGUUCAUUCUUUUGGUAUUCUUGUCUGUAAAGCAUAUAUAGAUAAACUCAGCAGCUGCUGUUUGGUGGCUGCACAUAGAUGCCUCGUGUGAUUGUCUCACCCAUGUGCAUUGCUAUUUCUUCAACAAAGGAUAUCUAAAGAAUGAAGCAAAUUAGAUAAUAUAAGUAAAUUGGAAUUUUGUUUAAAAUUGUAUUGUCUAUCUGAAUCAGGAAAUCAUUUUUUUGGGGUUUAAUGUCCCUUUAACUUGCUAUAGAAUAAAAUGGUUUCCAAGUAUAAACAUCUUAAAAAACAAAUUAACAUUUCAUAUUACCAUCUCCAGGUGUUAACCAUCCCUAUAAAGGGACAUUUGUUUUUAUAAGCAAUAUAAAAUCUCUUUCUCUUGCGUGUUCUCUCUCUUGCGUGUUCUCUCUCCUUAUAGAGCCAUUAAAUACUAGACAGAAUGAUUCUUUCAAAGAAAAGAUUAGUCUGAGAAUAACAUGUAGAUGUAUUUUUUUAAAGUUUCAUUAGUUGUUUAAAUAGUGACAAAAUAAGUGUAAAGUUUUAAUGUCUUUAAAACAAUGAGAGCUGCCAUGUUGUAACUUGGGUUACUUUCUCUGCUGCAGCCAAUUACAGACAGUUAUAAAUAAGUCACUAGAGUGUGCAGCCAAUGGCUGUGUGAAAUAUAACAGUGUUCUGUACUUCUAUUUAUAACAGGAACAGAAAAGCUCACAAUUUCAGAAUGGAAUUGCAGGAAAAGGGGACAAAAUAAAUAAUGAAAGUGUAUUGUAGUUGUUUUUUUGUUUUUUUUAUUAAAUAAAUGUAUACAAAUGAUCAUUUUA